GAUCGAAAUGAUCAGAAAACCAAAGAAAAAUUUCAAAACCAAAAAAAAAAAAAGUGGAGAGAAUAGUUGAGAGAGUAGAGGGAAUUGAAAGAUUUUCUUUCCUAUUUCCUUUUUAUGGCGAGCAGCAAAAGCUAUUACUCCAGAAAUAACUACCGAUUCCUGUCGAGCGAUUCACAACUCCGAGCAGCGCUGAGUUACGACUCGGCGGCAUUCGAGUUAGACGAGUCCGAUAUUUACAACAACGGUGUCUCCACUAGCCCCGUCUCGCCUGACUUCCGGUCCGCCAGUCGAGUAGCGAAGAAGACGUCGACUAAGCGCGGUGGAGGGGAUUCGGUCGGAGGAGAGGCGCCAGCGUCGCUGCCGGUUAACAUACCCGACUGGUCGAAGAUUUUGAAGGAAGAGUACCGUGAUUAUAGGAGGAGAUCGGAGAGCGACGAUAAUGACGCGGAAGGCGACGAUUGGUCGGAAGGAGGAGUUCGGAUUCCUCCUCACGAGUUUUUGGCGAACCAACUGGCGAGGGCGAGGAUCGCACCCUUCUCGGUUCACGAAGGGAUAGGGAGGACCUUGAAAGGAAGAGAUCUGAGGAGGGUCAGAAAUGCAAUUUUUGAAAAAACCGGAUUCCAAGAUUAAAUUAUAGCAUAUGAGUGAAAAAUUCUAGAAUCAUCAUAUUUUUAAUUAUUAGAAAAAAAUAUGCACUUUUUAUAUCUUUUCCUAUAAGUUUUGUUCUUCAUUUUCCUUUUUGCCAGUACUGUGAUAUAUGAUCAAGAGGGUCAACACCAUGUUCGUAUACUUCUGGCAGUUCCCCCCCCCCUCAAUUUUGAUCUUAGAUAUUGGAAAAAUGCGUGGUUCGAGGCUUUUAGGGUAUUUUCGUAAAAAAUGAAAAGUGGGUCGUCG